AAAAGAUGGUAUUUUAUUUUAAACAUUGGGUUUAAACUUUUGGUUAAACCGCAGUUUAAUCUGAAGUUUAAACUCUACUUGUAAAAGCGACCCUUAGAGCGCCAAGCGCUGGGCGUUCUUUCAUGAACGUACCCAAGAAAUUAACAUUUUUGAAAACAUAUGUUUUUUGUUUAUUUGUGCGUACUUACGCGCCAUUUUCGACUGGUCGGGGUUUGUUGGAUUGCUUCUGUUUUUGUUAUUGUGUGCCUAACGCGCCAUUUUCGACUGGUCGUUGUUUGUUGGAUUGCUUCUGGCUCUGCUUGAGGAGCAGUCUACAGGUAAUAAAAUUUGGAAGAAAAUGCUAGUUGGAAACAAAAUAUGUGAAUUUUUGCCUAUGGUUAUCGGUUAUCGUAUUUAUGCAAUGGCAGAAAAAGAGCAAGAACCGAAACUGUUGUCGCUGUUCCAAGAAGGUGCUACUGCUGGACCACUAAAAAGAGAUGACAAUGAGAAAGGGGAGAAACGAAGCUGUGAUAGUGAUGAGUUAGAAACGCAUCCAAAAAGACUUAAAGCUUCAGCUCCGGACCAAAUGUGCUUGGACGCUGGUCAAAAACGUUUUGAACUUGUCAAGUGCAGAGAGUGCAAUAGAUGCUAUUACCAGGGCCAUCCUGAAGACGAAUUCGAGCACUCAAACCUCCAUUACGAAAUGCAAGUAGUUCAAUUUAAUGGUUGGACAAAUGAACGUGUGGUCGCCGACUACCUAUCAAAUGGUCGCAUCAUCCAAAUUUUGCCCACCGACUCCAGAGUCUGGCUGAGAAAGGCUGAAGAGGUUAUGUUUGUUGUCAAUCGUAACCAUGGUGGUGUCUUACAUGACAUCAGCAACUCGCAGAUGUAUAUAUACAUCAAAAAUAGCACCAUAGCAGGUUGCGUUGUUGCCAAGACGCUCCAACAGCCUAUGUUGGACAAUCACAUUGAUGUUUCUCCGUUUUCCGGAGAACACUAUCCAACUAAAUGCGGCAUUUCGCAUGUUUGGGUUGGGGCUUCUUUCACAAAUCAAGGGAUUGCAUAUGCACUGGUUGAAGCUGUUAAAUCCAGCUAUUUCCCGGAUUGCGUUCUAUCAGAUAAUGACGUAGGGAUUACGGCUCCCACCGUAGCCGGAGCAGCUAACUAAACAACAUGCAUGUGUGUUAUUUUGCUUGAUGAGUUCAUGCGAGUAAACGAUUUUCAAACCUUUAGUAUUAUCAGAUAUUUUCGAGGAUAUUUUAUAUUAAAAAAUCAUUACACACACAUUUAAGACAGGUCAUAAUUACUUCCAUAGCUUGUAAAUUUUAAAAUCAGGUAUCUAUCAAAGGCACUAAUAUUAUCAAGACUAUCUUCAAUUUGUUGUUCAUCUAUUAUACAUUUCUGGAAAUAAUUUCUGGGUAAGUUUUAUUCGAAAAUGUUAAUUUUAAACGUCCAUUGAUUGUUCAUGUCAUUUAAGAGGGUACAUACUUUCAGGUAUAUUAUCAGAUUUGUUAUCAUAAAUUCGUAAUAUAAGUUAUGUUUUCAAUUCGAAGUUUUGGGCAAUACAGACUGUGAACCUGAUAACCCAUUUUGAAUAGGAAGGCAAUAGAAUAUGUAUGUAAUAAUAUACUUUUACAUUUGUGUUAAAAAUGUCUAAAAUUUUACUUUUGAAGUGAUUUUUGGAAUCUCAGUUUUUUCUGUGAUGACAUUCUCAGAGGCAUCACAGAAAUUCAAGUGUACAAAGAAAAAUCACAUAAGUAUUACUCCGCUGAACUUAAUCACACAAAAAUACCUACCAUGGGACCAUUUUUCACAUUAUGUUCUUUUAUGUAUUAUGUUACUGUCAGAAUUUUUGACUUUAUGUAUCAGAUAGCCCGGUUUAGCUAGCUAAUACGCCAUUCUGAUGUCUCAAUUCACAAUUCAUAAUAGCCAAUGCUCAAUUCACAAACAGAAACAAGUGUUUAUAGACCGCCUAACUAUUCAUGGUUGAAGAAAGUGAAAGCUUCUCAGACAGCUAGCUUUUUUGAUGUUUGUUAUUGUAUUCUCGAUAUCGAAAUAUCAAUUCCAAUUCAAGAUCUACGUUGGAGGCAAUUAAACUGACAAAUUUUGUCACUUGUGACAGAUGCAUGAGUACAAACCAAGUUUUAGUGCUUAAUUUUUGCUAGUUACAAGUUGGUCGACUUUGUGAAUUGUGAAUAAUACACUAAAUUGUGUAUUAUAGACUAUUAGCUGGCUAAACUGGGCAUAUGUUCACCAUAUGUUCCAUUAUUUAUUAUUCUACUUGUAAGAUUUUUUUGUUUUAUUAUACACCGCACAAAAAUUAUCGCAUCUAUCAAAGCAUAAACCACAGCAUAAUUGCAAAGUUGAAUGUAUGCCUGAUGCCUAUCCGCAUUUUUCCGAAAAAGUAAACAAGAACGUAACAGAAGAAGUAACGACAUGUUUUUUGACUUGAGUUUUUCAAUUUAAGAAAGCCCAUUCAGGGAAUACUUAAGAAAUUUUUAAAAUAAAUUUACUGUAGCCAAAAUAUUUUAAAGCAUUGGUGAUCGUUUUUGUGCGGUGUGUAUAUCACAUUGUUUAGGUUAAGAAUUUUCCUUUGCGUUUUCAAACUUUUAUUAGAGUUAUCGUAUUGUUUGUCCGAUGUGACAAUUUUUCGUUUUAUUAUAUCACAUUGUUUAGGUUAGGAAUUUUCCUUUCCUUUUCGAAACUUUUAUUAGAGUUACCGUAUUGUUUGACCUAUUUUUACUGAAAGUACAAAUUAUGGCCAUUUUUUAGAAAAGUUCUUACUUUUGUAUAAAUAAAGCAAUUUAUUUUGUACGUUUUAA